AUGCUGUCACGCCCACAGCGGAUGCUUAAAAGCGGGCGAAACUCGAACAGUUUGGAAAUUUACGAAAUGUUCCCCUUUUUGAUUUUGCCCUUAACGUCAGUAUUAGUGCCUUCAGCUUCUUCAGAAGCAUAUUGCGGUAAUGAUGGCGUACUCGAAAAAUCUUAUAUUGAUGAUAACAUACUAAGCUUAAUCAAUAAUAAACGAUCGAGGUUGGCAAAAGGAGAAUUAACAACACCUAAUUCAUUCCCAGCAGCAGCGGCAAUGAUUAAACUUAAAUGGGGUUGCAAACUGGAGAAAAAAGCGAUUGUAAUGUUGGAUACUGACUGUGGACGGACGAAACAACCUCCCGUUGAUGAAACAAUAAAUGCAGGAUUUUACUAUGAAAGUGAUGACGGGUAUCCUGUGAGCUAUGGGGUGAUCGGUUGGUUGGACGAGCAUAAGACGGGCACCUUUCCAGGCCUUCCACCUACGACCGCUGUUAUUAGGCCCGCCUCCGCUACCAAAUACCCGAACUUCUCUAAACUUAUGCAUGAUGAAACGACAGAGAUUGGCUGUGCAGAGCUCAGCUGUGAAUCCGGAAAGAGAUACGUGUUUUGCCUAACAGACAAACCAGCAGUCCUUCCAAGUGGAGAUAUAUACAAAGUGGAUACAACAAGUAAUCCCUGUAGUGGUUGUAAAAAAAAGAAGACUGGACCGUGCAACAAAAAAACGAAAUUGUGCGAAGCGCCCGAGCAAUCAACCACAGAGUCUACAACAGAGGCCACAACAAAGGCCACAACAGAGACCACAACAGAGGCCACAACAAAGGCCACAACAGAGACCACAACAGAGGCCACAACAAAGGCCACAACUAAGGCCACAACAAAGACCACAACAGAGGCCGCAAAGGCCACAACAGCCAUGAAGGCUUCCUAUCCUGGCGAGCUACCCACAGGAACGAAUACACAGUGCCCGAGUGUCGGAAUGACUGAUGAACUCAGGAAGCAGUUCGUGGACACACAAAACGAGAAGAGAAGCAGUCUCGCGAAAGGCGGCCAAGUCAAAAGACCAAGCGGAAACAUUCUACCAUCUGGAGCAAAUAUCUUAAAACUGAAUUUCAACUGCACUCUGGAAGAGGAAGCUAUUCAAGAAGUACGUCAAUGUCCUACAUCUAAGACACCGCAUAAUAAGUAUGGUAAAAACUUCGGCACUAGUAUUGUUACAUCAACUUACACAGAUGCAGUAAAGCAGGCUGUGACAAAUUGGUGGAAUGUGGUUAGUACCGAAAGGAAUGGUCCAGGAAUGCAAGUGACAUUCCGUAGUAAUCAUGUGAAUCAACCUGUAGAAUCGUAUACCCAGAUUGCUUGGGCCAACACCAAUAAAAUUGGAUGUGCAAUCGCCAAAUGCUUAUCUUCCUACACGGUCAUAUGUCUAUAUGAGCCAAAAGGUAACAUCGUGGAGCAAGUGCUUUACAUGAAAGGAAGUCCUUGUGCUGCUUGUCCUACGACAUGCGACAGCGCUCUUGGACUCUGUGUGCAGUGAUAAUAACUCUAAACAACUAUACAUCGCUUAUCCUGUCUUUUCUUUAGACUUUUCUACUAUACGGGGGCACUUCAUCUUUCGUAGUCAUCUUUCGUUUAGGUAUUGCUUUUUACUCUUGCUAGUAAAUUCUUUCAUGU